CAUCCACACCCUCCCAGAGUCCAGCAAAUCAACAAGCAGGAAUGCAGGGCGCGACGCAGCUUAUGACCAUCGCCGGGCGGCUGGUUGGCGAGGAGUACCAGCAGCUCCGCCGCGUUGGUGGAAAGGUGGCUGAGCUCAGCGACGAGCUGGACACCAUGAACGCCAUCCUCCGCAUGCUGUCCGACGCCGACGAGAGCGCCGUGGACCACUUCAUCCGGGUGUGGAUGAAGCAGGUGCAGGAGCUCGCCUACGACGCGGAGGACUGCGUGCACCUCUACAUCUUCCGCAUCCGGUGCCGGCGGAGAGACGGCCUCCUUGUCUGGUCCAAAACCAAACGUAUUGUCGCGACACUCUUCCCUCGUCGCCGACUGGCUCGUCAGAUCAAUGCGCUCCGCGCUCGUGCCGUCGUGAUCAGCGAGCGCCAUGCGCGUUACGGUGUCAGCCGUGAGGCACUGCUGCGAAUCACCACUUCUUCUUUAGCUGCUCCCGCGCCAGUGUCUGGUCAUGCGCUCGGCCGGCCGGAAGCAAACGACCCUCACCAUCUCGUUGGCAUCACGGAUCAGGCUAACACCCUGGCCGACAUGGUGAAGUCAAUGAGUAACAACGAGCGCGACAUGAAGCUCAAGGUGUUCUCUAUCGUGGGGUUUGGAGGGCCAGGGAAGACUACGCUGGCGAUGGAGGUGUGCCGGCACCUGGAGGCGGAUUUUCAACGCCAAGCGCAAGUGUCAGUGUCCCAGGCGUUCGGCGGCAGGAAGGAUAUGGAGGGAUUGCUGAAGCGUGUGCUUCAGCAGAUCGUGAAGCCAAAAGCAGAUAACGCACAAGGCAUCAAGGAAGAGGACCCCCUAGAUGGCAUCGACACUAUGGGGGUAGACGAGCUCACCGGCAAGCUCGAGGAACUUCUCAUGGACACGAGAGGAGCCGCCGUUGUGUCGCACGGCUGCCGAGGAAGGUGGCGGCGAGGCCUUCACCGUCCCUUCGCGGAGAUCUGGAUCCACGGGGCGGCGGCCCCUGCUGGUUCAGCGCCGCCGUUCGCGCUCUGGACGGUGUGCGCGGGGACUCUGCCCGGCGUCCUCGACCGCUCGGGUGGUGGGGAGUCGGCGCUUGGCGGCGGCAGUUCGGGGGCCUUCGUCCUCGCCAGAUCUGGAGGCCUGCUACUCCCUCCUUCCCGCUCCUUCCCCUUUGCGCUUGUGGCCGGUGGAUGCUGCUGGUUCCGGUGCUUUUGGGGAUGGUGGUGCAGAUUGGGACCGGGGGAAACCCUAGGCCGGCUGGUUCGGCUUGACAGCGGCGUCGGUUUCGGGCAACGCAUCCUUCCUGAAGGCAGUGUCGUGGUCCUUAUUCUUGUCACCUCCGGUCCUCUCCCGGGUGAAAACCCAAAAUCCGGUCUGGAUUGGGCAGCGGUGGCGCCAUGGGCGUCAUCCCCUCCUUGGAGGCGUUGCCUGGGGAGCUAG